AUGGCGGAUAUGUCUGCUCCUGCCUUUCACGUACAGAAACAGAAUCGCUCAGAGUAUUCGCUGCUGGGGACAAAAGCCAGCGUGGUCGACCUGUGUGGCCAGACCCUCCGAGGGGACGGGAUGGUGCUGACGUCCCACCGCGACUCCCGGCGCUUCUACUUCGUGGUGGCCGGCACGGACUGCCGGGUGACAAUGGAGGCGGCUUCCCCCGAGGACCGGCUGCAGUUCCAGUUCCGCUUCUUCCUGGUGUACAGCAUGCUCCGCCUGCCGCCCAGCACCCCCCCUCCUGGGGCCAGCCAAGUGCCCCUCACCCGGGGCUCACCCCUGCCCAGUGGGGAGCAGGGCCCCCCCGACCCCUGUGCCGCCGGCUCCUACGUGCAGUUCUACGACGGCAGGGGCCCCACGGCCAAGCCCCUGGGGGCGCCCCUGUGCGGGAAGAGCAUCCCCAGGCCCAUCCUCUCCACCGGCGGCUCCCUGACCUUGCGGCUAGUGACCCGUGGCCAGCAGCCCCGGGUGGACUUCGUGGCCGACUUCACCUCCCUCCGCACGGGGCUGAACGCUUCGGCCUGUGGCGCCGCGUCCUACUUCCCCUGCCGCAAUGGGAAAUGCAUCCCGCGCAGCUUGGUGUGUGACGGCAGCCAGGUGGACAACUGUGGGGACGGCACAGACCAGGCCGCCCAGCCCCCAGCCCGGUGCCAAGGCUUACCCACCCUUCCACCCGCCGCCCUGCAGGCUGAGACCCCACCGAGAGUCAGUGCCCACCAGGCAGAUCAGGAGAGCUGCACAGGAGCCCAGGAGGGCCGGCGUCUGCCCCCAGCUGCUGCCAACCAGGGCCCAGCAGCAGACAAGCGCCCGCCUCUCUUUGCCUGGCUGGCUGCCCUCCUGGGGGCCGCCCUGCUCUUCUGGUGCUGCUGCUGCAACCCGGGCUGGCUGCUCUGGCGAGUCGGGGCCUGCAGGUUCCUGCCCGGCUGCAAUUCCGCCUGCGCGGCCGGCCACCUCUGCACCCACAGCUGUGCCCGCCGCCGUGAGCCCACCAAGGUGACUCCGCAGGGAACCGCCGCCGAGCCGCCCGCCUGACUCGCCUGCCCAGGAAGGCCCCCGGGCUUCCGUUCUGGGGCAGCCAGCCCUGCAGGGGAGGGGAGUCGGUCCUGGGGGAGCAAGCAGGAACGGCCCCCUUUGCUGCUGAGCAGGGCCCGCCCUGGUUUGCAGGUGUGGGAGCGGCCAGGUCGUCUUCUCCCUGGGGGAGGGAGCUGCAGCUCAGCGGGAGAGCCCCUGCUUGGCCCGCGGAAGAUUCCCGGUUCCAUCCCUGGCAGGUAGCGUCUCCAGGUAAGGCUAGGGAGGGCUCCUGCCUGGAACCUGGGAGAGCUGCUGCUGCCAGCCAGUGUGGACAA